UAUGAUACAUUACCCCCACAUUUUGAAAGACACUAGACCAUGAUCUAUCUUAUCAUAUCUCUUCUCUUUUCAUUUCAUAGCCACUCCACACAUCCCAUGUCCUGUCCGUACAUCAGUACACUUCUUCUUCUCCUUCUUCUUCUUCAUGGUCUCCUUUCAUUUCAGCGAACAAUAUAGAGAGAGAUACUGUUGGUUGCUGCUGUAUUAUCAUGGCACACAAAAGAGAGCAAUACAUGCAGUAACAGUUGGCUGCCUGAACCACAAACACUAUCUUUCUUCUUGAACCCUGGGCCUCUCUAAGCCAAGCCGCUCGGUUUUGUCGCUCGUGCGCUUAGCAAAAGAAAAAAGAAAGAAAAUUCUUGACUCUCUUCUUUGUUUCCUCUCCUUUCCCUACUCUUCUUCUUCUCCUCCUUCAACAGCCCAGAUCUCGAGAACCCUUUUCACCAUUGGUGAUUUGACAUUUGUUACAUUCAUUUAUUGGUUGAUUAGUUAUAUAUGCAACUUUCCUUUCUCCACAAUUUUCUCCCUCUUAUAAAAGUUGGCAAUUGGGUUCAUUGCACAGCACUUGAUAAAAGGAAGUCUUAUUCUUAUAUGUGCUUGUAAAGAAGUGAGUUGUUAGGGAAGGCACAAUUACAGGAGAGUCGGUGAUAGAAAGAAAGUGUCUUUCCUUUGCAUGGAAACCAAGAGCAAAACUCGGUCCGUCAAUUGUGGCGCUGUUGGGUUUAUAUAGAGAGAGGGUGGUUGGUCUCUUGAUUUUGUUAACUAAAGAGAGUGUUUUAGGACAAUGGUUUGUUGUUUUGAAUAUUGGUCUUAAGUAGUUCAAGACAUGCUGAAUUCUGAUAAAGGAGAGGAUGAAUUGUUCUUUGAUUCUGCUGAUUGCUUGCCGCUUGAAGAAUCCAUUGUUACAAAAGAAGAAAACUUAAGGUUUGAUAAUUUAGAGUAUCAAAUUUGGUUGAAUGAGCCUCAAAGUGUUAAAGAGAGACGCAAAAAUUUCUUCUGUGAAAUGGGUAUGGCUGAUUUAGCUUCUAAGAGUAAUGAUAAUGAGAUUAUUGGCUUGGAGAGGAUUAGCAAAUCUAGUGGGGCAGUAUCAAGUUCUCCAGUUUUGUGUACAUAUGCGGAAGAGAGGAAUUUGGUUUUUUGUGGCAGAGAAACCAAUUGUGAAGCCAAUUCUAUGAUUGAUGAAAUGGAGGAAAACCUGUUUGAUAAACCAAAUUUAACUUUUGAAAAUGAGAAUUCUGGAUUUUUGCCUUCUGCAAUCAAAUGCGAGGAUAGUGAUGCAGAGGAAUGUAAAAGUUUUGAUGGGGGAAAGGAAAAAAUGAAGAGGUGGUGGAAAUUUUUUGUACAUAAGAGAAGGCAAAGAGAAGUUACAUGUUUAUCGACUGGAUCGAAGUCAAAUCCUGAGGCAACCAAAACUAAUAGAGUAAUAGUGAAGCAGAACAAGAAAAGAUGUAUGGAACUUACAGGAGUCUUUAUGGGACAAAAGAUUCAAGCUCAUAAAGGAUUUAUUUGGGCAAUGAAGUUUAGUCCAGAUGGUCAAUAUCUAGCAACCGGUGGUGAAGAUGGGAUUGUGCGCAUUUGGCGUGUUACAACAGUAGAUGCCUCUUGCAAGUCAUUUGCUUAUGAACGAAAUAUUGGUUGCAAUUUAAAAGAAGGAAAGCCCAGUUUCAGUAGUAAAAAGGUCAGUCAUGCAUCAGUUGUCAUCCCUGAGAAGAUUUUUCAGAUUGAAGACUCACCAGUGCAUGAAUUUUAUGGACAUGCCAGAGAUGUUUUAGAUUUGGCAUGGUCUAGUUCCAAUUGUCUUCUUUCUUCUUCCAAGGAUAAAACUGUUCGUCUAUGGCAAGUGGGUUCCAAUCACUGUCUGAAUGUUUUUCACCAUACUAAUUAUGUGACAUGCAUUCAAUUCAAUCCAACUGAUGAAACCCAUUUCAUCAGUGGCUCAAUCGAUGGAAAAGUUCGAAUAUGGGGAGUGUUCGAGGGGCGAGUUGUAAAUUGGGUUGAUGCACGAGAUGUAACAUCUGCUAUAUGUUACCAGCCAGAUGGAAAAGGGUUUGUAGUUGGUUCCAUUACAGGCACUUGCCGCUUUUAUGAAGCAUCAGACAAUGACAUCCAGCUUGAAGCGCAGAUACAUGUUCAAGGUAGAAAGAAAAUGUUAGGCAACCGAAUUACUGGGAUACAGUUUUCCAAGGAAAGAUCUCAAAGAGUUAUGAUCUCUUCUGAAGAUUCCAGACUUCGUAUAUUCGAUGGAGUUGAUAUCGUCCAUAAAUAUAAAGGUCUACCAAAGUCAGGAAGUCAAAUGUCGGCUUCAUUUACUUCAACUGGGAGACAUAUAAUAUCAGUCGGAGAAGACUGUCGCGUUUAUGUCUGGAAUUAUGAUGCAUUUUGCACCCCAUCAUCUAAACACACAAAAUCAGUAACAUCAUGUGAGCAUUUCUUCUCCGAAGGUGUGUCCAUUGCCGUGCCUUGGUCAGGCAUGCAGACAGAACUAAAAGGCUUCAAUAGUGGUAAUAUUGCGACUGGGGUGCAGCAAGAGGUGGAAGGUGCUUCCCGGAGGAGAGAUUCAGAUCGGUUUUCUCUUGGAAAUUGGUUGUUUAUGGAUGGUGGAUGUAGAGGCAGCUCUGCAACAUGGCCUGAAGAGAAACUUCCUCGUUGGGAUGUAACAACAAUUUCAGAUGAGAACUAUCAGCAAAAGCUAAGAAACAGUAAUGACCAUAUGGCCUUAUCGGACGCGUGGGGACUCGUGAUGGUUGGAGCAGGAUGGGAUGGAACUAUUAGGACUUUCCACAACUAUGGAUUGCCUGUAAGGAUCUAGCUAAGUAAAUAGUAGUAAAACUUAACCAAGCCAAUCAUGGUGGCCUUGCUAAUGAAGGGGACUUGACUUGAAGAUAAAUCUCAUGUCAACAGAAAUUGCAAUGCCCAUCGAUUUCGAGUUGCCUUAUGAAUUAUACAUGGUCAUCUUCUUUGCAUACAGACUCAUUGGAAGCAUAAGAAGGUAGCUUGACAUUAAUUUAGCAGUAUCUCUGAUAAACUGCCAUAUUUAGCUUUUCUCUUCAUUGUUCUGUCACAUUUGCUUAAAAAUGUGUAGUAGAAAGAGUCUUUUGACAUGUUCUGUAAGUUGGUAUAUCAUGUUUUAACUUCUUUCCAUGUCAUUAGACUUUAUGAAAGUCAUGCUUGUGAGCCUGGCGCACAAAUUUUCUUUUGCCUUCUGUGAAUAAUAUAUUUUACAUAUAGUAUAAUAUAAUGCCUCAAAUGGUGAGUUCUUGCAA